UCUCUCUCUCUCUCUCUCUCCUGCAACUCAUAAUUAGAUCGUACUAAUUCACCUGGAUUUCUCUCACCUUUUUCUUCGCCAGAUUCUCCUUCACUGAGUCGACUCGCUAACUCGGUGCUCGCCAACUCACCCCCUUCCGCAGUUGCCGGAAUAUCACUAAAUUCUGGUUCACACUGUGACAGUCUUAGACUGCAAGACUCUUAACGCCCUCAAGAAACUUGAGGCAGCAGCUGAAGAAGAAGAAGAAGCUCAAGUAAGGUGGCGGCAAUGAUAGAUUCAAGCGGUGGUGGUGGAGAUUCGAAGCGGUUUGGCACCGGCUAUAUGUGGCUGGAUUUGGAGGCGGAGUCAAGAAUCGGCAAUGCGAAUUAGGGUUUCGUAAUGUCGCGGACGGAUAGGAUGGCUUCUGAUCUUAGCAGGAGCGGCCCGGUUGAAAGAGACAUCGAGCAGGCCAUUACUGCUUUGAAGAAAGGAGCAUACUUGCUCAAGUACGGAAGAAGGGGAAAGCCCAAGUUCUGCCCUUUCCGCCUUUCUAAUGAUGAGUCCGUUCUGAUAUGGUUCUCAGGGAAGGAAGAAAAACACCUAAAACUAAGCCAUGUUUCCAGAAUUAUUUCCGGGCAGCGCACUCCAAUCUUUCAGCGAUAUCCUUGGCCUGAGAAGGAGUAUCAGUCAUUUUCUCUUAUAUAUAAUGACAGAUCACUGGAUUUGAUUUGCAAGGAUAAAGAUGAAGCUGAGGUAUGGUUUAGUGGUUUAAAAGCAUUGAUAUCUCGCAGCCAUCAUCGAAAAUGGAGAACAGAGUCAAGGAGUGAUGGCAUUCCAUCUGAAGCAAACAGUCCGAGAACAUAUACAGGGAGAAGUUCUCCUCUGAAUUCUCCAUUUGGGAGUAAUGAUAGUUUACAAAAGGAUGGUGCAGAUCACCUUCGCCUUCAUAGUCCGUUUGAAAGUCCUCCUAAAAAUGGUCUUGAUAAGGCACUAUCAGAUGUGAUACUAUAUGCUGUCCCUCCCAAGGGUUUUUUCCCUUCAGAGUCAGCUAGUGGUUCAGUACAUUCUGUCUCAUCAGGAGGGUCGGAGAGUAUACAUGGUCAGAUGAAGGCAAUGGCAAUGGAUGCAUAUAGAGUUAGCCUAUCCAGUGCCGUUAGCUCAUCAAGUCAAGGGUCUGGUCAUGAUGAUGGUGAUGCCAUGGGAGAUGUUUUCAUUUGGGGGGAGGGCACAGGAGAUGGUGUUGUUGGUGGUGGUUCUAAUAGAGUUGGAAGUAAUUCUGCUGCCAAAAUGGAUUCUUUGUUGCCUAAACCCUUAGAAUCUGCAGUAGUACUUGAUGUCCAAAACAUUGCCUGUGGUGGACGACAUGCAGCUCUAGUAACCAAGCAGGGAGAGAUUUUUUCCUGGGGAGAGGAAUCUGGGGGCAGGCUUGGGCAUGGUGUAGAUGUUGAUGUUUUGCAUCCAAAGCUUCUCGAUUCCCUUAGUAAUGUGAACAUUGAUUUUGUUGCCUGUGGUGAGUACCAUACUAGUGCUGUUACCCUUUCCGGUGAUCUAUAUACAUGGGGUGAUGGCACUUACAAUUUUGGUCUACUUGGGCACGGAAAUGAAGUGAGUCAUUGGGUUCCCAAAAGAGUAAAUGGGCCCUUGGAGGGUAUACAUGUCUCAUCUAUAUCUUGUGGGCCCUGGCACACAGCUGUUGUAACCUCUGCCGGACAAUUGUUUACAUUUGGUGAUGGGACAUUUGGUGUUCUGGGACAUGGAGAUAGGAAAAGUAAUUCAAUUCCCAGAGAAGUGGAAUCCCUUAAGGGUCUUCGCACUGUGCGAGCAGCUUGUGGGGUAUGGCAUACUGCUGCUGUUGUAGAAGUCAUGGUUGGCAAUUCAAGUUCGAGCAACUGUUCUUUAGGGAAGUUGUUCACCUGGGGAGAUGGCGAUAAAGGCCGGCUUGGGCAUGGUGACAAGGAAGCAAAACUUGUGCCUACCUGUGUUGCAGCUCUUGUUGAUCCCAACUUUUGUCAAGUUGCUUGUGGACAUAGUAUGACAGUUGCACUUACUACAUGUGGCCAUGUAUAUACAAUGGGAAGUCCUGUUUACGGCCAAUUAGGAAACCCUCAAGCUGAUGGAAAGCUCCCCAGUCGGGUUGAGGGAAAGCUCUUGAAGAGUUUAGUAGAAGAAAUUGCUUGUGGUGCGUAUCAUGUUGCAGUAUUAACUUCAAGAACCGAGGUUUAUACAUGGGGAAAAGGAGCAAAUGGUCGUUUAGGUCAUGGGAACAUUGAUGAUCGUAACUCUCCCACAUUAGUCGAAGCUCUGAAAGAUAAGCAAGUCAAAAGUAUUGCUUGUGGUGCUAAUUUUACUGCAGCUAUCUGCCUCCAUAAAUGGGUUUCAGGACUUGAUCAAUCAAUGUGUUCAGGCUGCCGUCUUCCAUUCAAUUUUAAAAGAAAGCGCCAUAAUUGUUAUAAUUGUGGUCUUGUUUUCUGCCAUUCUUGCAGCAGUAAGAAGUCACUCAAGGCUUCUAUGGCACCAAAUCCCAAUAAACCGUAUCGUGUCUGUGACAAUUGUUUUAGUAAACUGAGAAAAGCUAUUGAAACUAACUAUGCAUCUCAGUCUUCUGUGAGCAGAAGAGGAAGUAUCAAUCAGGGGUCAAGUGACAGCAUUGAUAAAGACGAAAAAUUGGAUUCCAGAUCCCGUGUCCAACUUGCUAGAUUUUCUUCUAUGGAAUCUCUGAAGAAUGUGGAAACACGUUCAUCAAAGAAAAAUAAGAAACUAGAAUUUAACAGUAGCCGAGUCUCGCCUGUUCCAAAUGGAGGUUCGCAGUGGGGGGCACUUAAUAUUUCCAAAUCAUUUAAUCCAGUAUUUGGGUCAUCCAAGAAGUUCUUCUCAGCUUCUGUUCCUGGAUCGAGGAUUGUCUCUAGAGCAACAUCCCCCAUUUCAAGGCGCGCUAGCCCACCUCGCUCUACAACACCCACUCCAACUCUGGGAGGACUUACAUCACCAAAGAUUGCUGUAGAUGAUAGUGCUAAAAGGACCAAUGAAGGCCUUAGCCAGGAGGUCAUCAAGCUAAGGGCACAGGUUGAAAGUCUUGCUCGAAAAGCCCAACUACAAGAAUUAGAGCUGGAAAGAACAAAUAAACAGCUGAAAGAAGCAAUAGCAAUUGCUGGUGCAGAGACUGCAAAAUGCAAAGCUGCAAAGGAAGUAAUCCAGUCACUGACUGCACAAUUGAAGGACAUGGCUGAAAGGCUGCCUGUGGGAGCAGUGCGGAAUAUCAAAUCACCCUCUCUUGCUUCUUUGGGUUCCGAACCUUUCAAUGAAGUUUCUGGUGCUUCAAUUGACCAACUGAAUGGUCAAGGAACAUUCCAAGGACCAGAUUCCAAUGGAUCUAACAGCCAGUUGCUUUCUAAUGGGCCCAGUAUAGCCAAUAACCGCAGUCACAACAAACAAGGGAAUUCGGACGUAGCGAGUAGAAAUGGGAACAGAACCAAAGAAAGUGAAUCUUCUAAUGAGACUGAAUGGGUUGAGCAAGAUGAGCCUGGUGUAUAUAUUACACUUACUUCCCUACAAGGAGGUGUCAAGGAUCUCAAGAGAGUUCGGUUCAGUCGCAAGCGAUUUAGUGAGAAACAGGCAGAACAAUGGUGGGCGGAAAACCGGGCAAGAGUAUAUGAACAAUACAAUGUGCGUAUGGGAGACAAGUCUAGUGUAGGUGUUGGCAGUGUAGACUUGGCUCACUGACAUGUGGAUACAUACAAUCAUCUGUACAUGAUAUUGUAUUUCAGAUCUAGCUUGGGUUAUCGAGGUUGAAUUGGUUAUUUAGAAUUUCCUUUCAUUCCUAAAGAGGAGUGAGGAGCCAAGGCUUGUUAUAGGAGAGAAUUUAGAAGGCUUUGAUUGUUUGCUUUUUCAAUUUUUCACUGUCUUAUAAUUUUUCUUUCUUGUUGAGUUUGUAUUCCAUUUUUUCCCAUAUGCUACAUGAGUGGGGGUUUGAGGGUGAGAAAUGUAAAUUUGUAGUAGGUCGCCGGUUCUUGUGGAAAGCAGCUGCCAUGUAAAUUCGACAAGUGAAUGCAUUUGCAGAUUUUUU